AUUCCACCCUUUCUACAAUGGCGGGUGAACACAAAAAGGCCAUCAGCUUUUCGCUUUCCUUUUCACUUUUCCACUGAAUUUCGAGGAGAUCAUCCACAUUCCUCAACUUGAAUGGUUACAAUAUUUAAUUAGGGAAGAUCCUGACAUCAAAAUGUUAACCAUCUCAUCCUUCUCAUCUUGAUCCCUUCUUCUCUUUCUUCACACCCCGAUCCACAUUAGCCUUCUUCUCUUCUCAAAAUCCAUGGCCGAUUCCCGCAAGAAGACUAUCAUCGACACUGACCCUGGCAUCGAUGAUGCUAUGGCCAUUUUUCUGGCUUUACAAUCCCCAGAGUUGGAUGUGCUUGGACUAACCACUAUUUUUGGGAAUGUUUAUACUACUCUUUCCACAAGAAAUGCCUUGCAUCUGUUGGAGAUUGCUGGUAGGACUGACAUCCCAGUGGCUGAAGGAUCGCAUGUCACAAUAACUGUAAACUCCAUUAUCUUACAUCCACUGCUUCUCGUAUCAUGUGCUCUACUUGUUUAGUAGAGUUUUGAAUUU